GGAGCCUGGGCUCUCGAAGGCUGCGGGAUGGAGCUAGGAGCAGGAGCCAAGCUGCCUCUGCUGCUGCUGCUACUGCGGGCCACUUGCUUGGGGUACGCAGGAGCAGAUGGCUACAUGUCGGUCAUCGAGGUGACCAACGGGGGCCCCUGGGGCGACUGGGCCUGGCCCGAGAUGUGUGCUGACGGAUUCUUCGCCAGUGGGUUCUCGCUCAAGGUGGAGCCUCGGCAAGGCUUUCCUGGCGACGACACGGCCCUGAACGGGAUCCGGCUGCACUGCACGCGUGGGCAAGCGGAUCUCAACGCGCACGUGGUGGAGUCCCAGUCUGGAAGUUGGGGACGGUGGAGUGAGCCGCUGUGGUGUCCCGUCGGCGGCUUCCUGGUGGCUUUCUCGCUUCGCGUGGAGGCACCCGUGACCUUCGGGGACAACACAGCUGCGAACAACGUGCGCUUCCUCUGCUCUGACGGCACGGAGCUGCAGGGGCCGGGCCUGACCUGGGGAGACUUCGGAGACUGGAGUGAGCCUUGUCCUAAAGGCAUAUGCGGCUUGCAGACCAAGAUCGAGCAACCUCAAGGCCUCCGCGACGACACCGCCAUCAACGACGCGCGCUUUCUCUGCUGCCUCAAUUGAUACCAUCGCUGUCCUCUCCCAGCCCCAAACCUCAUCUCACCUCUGCUAUUAAAGCUUCUCUGUCUUGGC